CUGGACGCAACCUCACCUUACGCCUUUUCCCCCACCUGAUAGAUUCCUCAGGUGCUUCGUAAUACAAUUGCUGGGUCCCUAGACGCCAUGGUUGCGCAUGGGCCGCUAAUCGAUGGAGUGAGCUCGUCGACCCCAACUGCAGGAGAGACCGGAAAUGCCCCACUGCCAUCAUUCCAUUCUUCCUUUCUGUUAUUUUUUUAAUCUUCCAGUUUCAACGAAGGUUGUUAGUAAGCCAGCCCAUAACACUUUGUCCGAGUCGUUGAGGGAGCUGCCGUCAGAAGAGCGGCACCAGAAGGGUGGCGCGUCACGACUCAGCGUGGCAUAAGCUGGCCGAUCUACGAAGCUGCUGGUAGUUGGCUCGGCCCGAUGGUUGCCAUAAAUAUUGGGGAGAGUCUAAUCAAUUCCACGGUGAUUGUAGUGCGUUGUAAUCUCCGGAAGGGCAGAGUGAAUGAGUCCCAUUGUCUGCAGCAGCAGCCACAUCACCACCACCACCACCACCGUGGGAAACUACUACUGGUGUCAUCAAUCAGCAGACACCGAGGCACCGCAGUAAACUCCUUCUCAGACAGUUAACGGUGGCGUAGGGCAGCUUGAAUACAUCUACAAUCGUUUGAACUUGUCGCGAUUCCACUUUUUUUGCCUUCUCAGGCCCCUGCAUUUUCGAGCUCCACCAUGCUCUGCUUAAAUAUUUUCUCUUACGGGGUGGGUGUCGUUGCAGCUGGAAGUCAGAUUUCGUUUGAUCGAAUCAGACAGUCAUAAUUGCUCCAGCUCAUGGUCGCUAGCUCGGUGCGAGAGGGAGCUUGUCGGAUUGGGGCUGCGCUUUAGCGUAGCAGGGCGUAUUGGUCUCGGUUCUGUGAUCUUUGGGACAUCUUGUACUAGCUGAGACUUUAGAGUGGGAGCGACGUAUACACAGCACGGUCGGUCGACGUCGUUAAGAGAAGGAGGAUCUUCGGCGUGCAGAGCCCUCAAGCGUAGAAGGGAGUGACAGUCGGGAGUGACAGUCGGGAGUGACAGUCAGUGAGGUUCAUCUCCGCUACAGAGAGAGCGCCAGCCUAGCUCGUGGUCCGCAACUUGAAGCCCGGAUGCUACAGUGAAUUUAGCUCCGGGAGCUGGAGGGGGAUCGCGAAGUUGCCCACUUUUAUAGAGUCUCUGUGUGCGAAGGCGGCGACACGUGACUUGGUCGAGAGGUGCAGCAUUUUGCGUUGGGGGUACUCUGGGAGAGCGUGCACCAUCGUGAGCUUCUCAUUGCAUGCAUGCUAGUACGCACGCAUUUAGCUAGCAUAAGCAUGUGGAAUAGACAUUCUUCUUUCGAAGUGUAACUUACGGGCGUUGUCGUGUUACCUGGUUAGGAGGCGCGCACGCAGUCGACACGCGCGCGAGUAGUUAGGAACAGGAACGACGUGUUGUAGGACCUUGCUCUGUAGAGGUUGUGAGCAUUUCUUUAUAUUUUUAUUUAUUUUAGUACAGCGUGCAUUCGAUUCAGAAAGGGGAGACUUAUAGGCGAUCUCGCAUAUGGCGAUGAAUGAGGGAGAUAAUUAUACCCAAUUCCAUAGCCAUAAUCAAGCGUAUGCGGGGAUGGAAAUGUACAUCGGCCAAUACCGAGUAGAAUCCUGGAUGUUGACACAGGCGAUCAUCACUUGCGUGGUUGCCUUCUUGGUGUGGCAUGUGCUUAAGUACAGUAGAAUAAAAGGGCCCAUAGUGUGGCCGGUUUUUGGCACGACGCCGCAGUUCUUGUGGAACCUACCGCGCAUGCAUGAUUGGACUACCGACAUGUUGGUGAAGUUCGAUGGGACCUACACCUCCAUUGCGCCCAAGUGCACUUGCUUGACUGCUGUGGCGACUUGCAGGCCUGAAAACCUGGAAUACGUUUUGAAAACUAAUUUUGCGAACUAUCCAAAGGGAAGGAGCUUCACGUAUCCCUCCCACGAUCUGCUUGGCCAAGGGAUUUUCAAUACGGAUCACGAGCUAUGGAAGAUGCAGAGGAAGACGGCGAGUCUCGAAUUCAGUACUCGCACUCUGAGGGAUCUCAUGGUGAAGUCCAAUCGCAGCUCCGUGGGGCAACGCCUCCUGCCCGUCCUCGCCGAUGUCGCGAAGAAAAGGAUUCCCAUUGAUUUUCAAGACCUUUUCCUCCGGUACACCUUCGAUAAUAUAUGCAUGGUAGGAUUCGGAGUGGACCCGGGAUGCCUUGCACCGGGCCUGCCCACGGUUCCUUUCGCUCAAGCCUUUGACCUCGCCACAGAGGGCACUCUCACGCGCAUGGUGGUCCCUGAGAUUUUCUGGCGAAUUACCCGCGCACUGGGCUGGGGCAUGGAAGGGCGCCUGGCUAAGGCAAUCAGCACAAUCGACAAAUUCGCCGCCGAUGUGAUCACCGAGCGGCGGAGAGAGCUUAACAUGCUCAAAACCCUAAACGCCACCGAGUACCCCUGCGACCUACUGUCUCGGUUCAUGCAGACCACGGACCACGAGGGCAACCCCUACACCGACAGAUUCUUACGCGAUGUGACCACAAAUUUCAUCCUCGCAGGGCGCGACACAACCGCCAUCGCCCUUUCCUGGUUCUUCUACCUCAUAACCCAAAACCCCGCCGUGGAGGAAAAAAUUCUGAACGAGAUCAGGGAGAUUCUCCAGUCUCGGAGGCAGAGUGGGGGCGUCGGAGAACCCGACGACGACGAUGCUGGACGAACCACCCAAGAAGCCUCUCUGAGCUUCGAGGAGCUCAAGCAACUGCACUAUCUCCACGCCGCGCUGUCCGAGUCGAUGCGACUUUACCCUUCCGUCCCCAUUGAUAACAAGGACGUCACAGCGGACGACUUCUUACCAGACGGCACCUUCGUAAGAAAAGGUACUCGCCUCAUGUACUCGAUCUACUCCAUGGGCAGGAUGGAGUCCAUCUGGGGGAAAGACUGUCUGGAGUACAAACCCGAGAGAUGGCUACGCAAUGGCGUCUUCACACCCGAGUCGCCGUUCAAGUAUGCCGUCUUCAACGCCGGCCCCCGGCUGUGCCUAGGCAAGGAGCUCGCGUACCUGCAAAUGAAGUCGGUGGCGAGUGCGAUACUACGGAAUUAUCAUGUCAAGCUGGUGCCCGAGCACAAGGUCGAAUACAAGUUGUCGCUGACGCUAUUCAUGAAGUAUGGGUUGCAUGUGACCCUGCACCCUCGCGUCACCGUUGCUUAUUGAGGUCAAGGGUGGCAAGCCGGCGACGAGGGUGAGGGGUAAGUCUCUCAGUUUCUCUUGCGUGAGCCACAAUAGCUUUUGUCCCCAUGAGCUCCAUCUCGGUUAGUUGGAGAGGGUGCUCAGGCGGAUCGCAGUACAUAAUGUGUCAAGGUUACAGCAUUCUGAUAACUAAGGCGUUUGCCCAAGUUCUGAUUUACAUACCAAGUUCCGCGAGGACGGCACUUGCUUCGACCAAGGUAUUUAAUUAUAUUUGCUUCAAGUGUAAAAACGGCGAGUUGAAGCAAUAGCGGCACCCCCGACUAGUUAACCAUGGGAUCGAUUUCUACCCAAUUAGUUUGUGCUCUACGCAAAAGUGAUGGAACUAGAGAGAGCACGCCCUCACAAAGAGACUUGAAUAAAAGCUGUGUUGAGGUCCUCUUCCACCGCCUCCUCCCCACUCGGUCCCCUUCGAAAUCAGCUCUGCAUCUGGACACUCCCAGUCCAUGCAUGUACUUUACUCGUCAUAAUAUACGACAAAAAAAUUACCCGUGUUGAUUGCUUACAA